AUGUCGGAGAUUUUGUGCCAGUGGCUCAACCAGGAGUUGAAAGUGUCCCAGACCGUGAGUCCCAAAUCAUUUGCAAAGACAUUUUCCAGUGGUUACCUAAUUGGAGAAGUUCUGCACAAGUUUGAACUGCAGGAUGAUUUUUCAGAAUUUUCAGAAAGCAGGAUUUCAAGUGCCAAGCUUAAUAAUUUUUCUCGAUUGGAGCCAACCCUUCAACUACUGGGUGUGCAGUUUGAUCAGAAUGUGGCCCAGGGCAUCAUGACCGAAAAGCCUGGGGUAGCGACAAAGCUUUUAUAUCAAUUGUACAUUGCUCUUCAGAAAAAGAAGAAAACUGGAAUGACCGGAUCGGAAAUGCAAACCAUGCAACCUCUAAUAAGACUUCAAAACAUAAAAAGUGAGGCUUUUCGAGAGAGACUUAGAAACCUGAUACCACGUCAAACUGAUUUCAAUCUGAUGCGGGUUACACACAGGUUCCAGGAAAAAUACAAACACAUGGAAGAAGAACGUGUCCGUGUGCAAUUUGAGAAAAAUGAACGAUUUCAAAAACUCAAGGAAGAACAAAGACAUUUUAAUAUCGAAAAGCAACGAUUGGGCAGAAGACGUCAGAAUGAAAUAAUGGCCAAAAUCCAAGCAGCUAUCAUUCAAAUUCCUAAACCUGCAUCAAAUCGCACUUUGAAAGCACUGGAGGCCCAAAAAAUGAUGCAAAAAAAGAAAGAAGCAGAGGAUGUUGCCAAUGAGAUUAAGAAGUUUGAAGCAUUAAUAAAAAAGGAUCUCCAGGCAAAAGAAAGUGCAUCCAAGCCUUCUCUAGAUACAUCAGGCCAGAUGGCUACCGACUUGCUAAACACUUACUCAGAUGAUGACUACAUUAAAAAAAUCCAGAAGCGCCUGGAAGAAGAUGCUCUUGCACGAGAGCAGAGGGAGAAAAGACGACGGAGAUUGUUAAUGGACCAAUUAAUAGCCCAUGAAGCACAAGAGGAGGCUUAUCGGGAGGAGCAGCUGAUUAACCGGCUGAUGAGACAGUCCCAGCAGGAACGCAGGAUUGCUGUGCAGCUCAUGCAUGUUCGCCACGAAAAGGAAGUUUUAUGGCAAAACAGAGUUUUCAGAGAAAAACAAUAUGAGGAAAGACGACUUAAAGAUUUCCAAGACGCUCUUGAUCGAGAAGCGGCUUUAGCAAAGCAAGCCAAGAUUGAUUUUGAGGAGCAAGCCCUCAGAGAGAAGGCAGUCCAUGAACAAAUUGCUAUGGAAAGAGCUCAAGCUCGGUACCAAAAGCAUUAUUCAUUAUGUGAAGAAAUUCUGGAUCAUAUUCUUGAUUUGUCCACUAAAGUGGCAGACUAUCGGAUGUUAACAAACAAUCUGAUUCCAGAGAAGUUGAUGCAUGAUUGGAAGGAACUUUUUUUCUGUGGAAAACCUAUUUAUGAACAAGCCAGAACUAAGCAUCUCCCAGCCGAUGCCUCUGAAAAACAAGUGAUAGAACUGGGAAAAAGAGACUUGCUAGAUGGCAAGGAUUAUGACGACUAUAAGAAUAUGGCUGGAGAGUGGGCCUUGCCAGAAGAAAUGGUGGAUAAUUUGCCACCCUCAAACAAUAGUAUAUUGGGCCAUGUGCUUCACAGACUCCUUGAAAAAACACUCCCUCCUCAAGUUGAAUCAAUGGUACCUGAAGUACCUUCAUUUGCUAUUAAAGGGUGCUUACUGGGAAAAACAUUUAGUGGAAAAACUACCAGUCUAAAGUCUCUACAAGAAGAGUUUCCUAUUCAGAUCCUUUCUAUUGACGCUCUUGUCCAAGAAGCUAUCCAAGCCUUUCAGGACAAAGAGGAAACCAGCGCAGAUCUGCUAGGUCAGCAAAAAGCUAAGGAAACGGAUCUUCCAGGUUUGAAAGAUGAUAAUAAAGAAAGCCAGGAUCAACAAAAAGUAUUUUCAGCUGGUCCAGUUUCAAAUGAAACGUUACCAGAAAUGGAAGGUAAAGCUAUACUUAGUACUGAUACUCAUAAAACAUCAGAUUCUAAAGAAAUCAGUAUCAGUGACAGUUUCUACAAACUCACAGCGCGUGCUCAGCUAGGUGCACAAUCAGAACAGUUGUUGAAGAAAGGAAUGAGCAUUCCUGACAUGUUGCUAGUGAGCAUCAUGGUUAAUGCUAUCAAUCAGGUACCUGUAGAUCAAGGCUGGAUCCUGGAUGGUUUUCCAAUGACAUUAAACCAAGCAAAGCUUCUUGAGGAAGCUCUGACAGGAUACAACAAAGAACAAAUGGACUUGGAAGCAAAGAGAACACAAAUAUCCACAUUGGCUGUUGAUCCUACAGUUUCCAAAGAAGUACCUAUUCCCCCUUCAGCACUUGAUUUUGCCAUGUUGUUAGACAUUUCAGAUACUUCUACACUGAGGCGGAUAAACAGCAUCAUGGCUGAAACAUUUGUACGUGAAACUUCUCCUGAAGUUAUCAGUCAACAUGUAGCUGCUGAUACUCAAGAUGAAGAUGGGAACCAAACUUUAAAAGACCAAAUACAGCACAGAAUUACAGGCUUCUUGGACCACUGGCCUUUAUUGGAGCAAUGGUUUUCAGAGCCAGAAAACAUUUUGAUAAAAGUCAAUGCUGACAUAGAUAAAGAGUUGUUACACCAAAAAGUAAAAGAAAUUUUUGUGAGUGAGAUGCAAAAAAAAAAGAAUAAAGUUAAUAAGAAACUAGAAGAAACAAAAGCGAAGAAAAAAGAAGUUUCCUUGGCUGAGGCUCCACUUCCUACUCCUCCACCUCCUCCAGAGCCAGAAAAAGAGAAAGAAAUUAGUCCUGAGAGACAGACUUCCAAAACUCAACCUGCCAAAGGAAAACCACAAUCAGAACCCCAGAAUGGUAGGCAUGAAACUCUUCAGGACAGAAAAGGGAAGAAAGAUGGCACUUCACCUAAAACAAAACAAUGAUUUCCUAUGUGUGUUUAAUGUUCUCCUAAAGGAAAAUCUCAAGGAGGAAAGCAAUCAGUAAAGACUCAGCCUACUGACUCUGCAGAUAUGUCACCUGUUCCAGUACUACCACCACUGCCUAAACCAGGAUCUAGAGAAUGGGUCUAUGUGAAUGAACCAAUUCCUGAGGAAAUACCUUCAUUUUUAGUACCUUACUGGGAACUCAUAGAAAGUUCCUAUAUUAAAACCAUCAAAGCAGUACUGAGGAACCUGAGAGAAGACAAGCAUACUGUGAUUAACUACUUAUAUGAAGUUAGAACAUCCUUCGAGCAGUUUCUAAUGCGUCCAGAUCACAAGCAAGAUUUUGUAGCUCAUUGGCAAGCUGACUUCAACUCUCUUCCUGAUGAUCUGUGGGAUGAUGAGGAAACCAGGGCUGAACUACACCAAAGAGUGAACGAUUUAAGAGACCGUCUGUGGGACAUUUGUGAUGCCCGGAAAGAAGAGGCGGAGCAAGAGCGUCUUGAUAUCAUUAAAGAGAGCUGGUUGCAGAACUCUAUUGGGAUGUCGAUGAAUCAUUUCUUUUCUCUGAUGCAGGCAGAACUGAACCGUUUCCAAGAUACAAAGAGACUCCUUCAAGAUUAUUAUAAAGGAAUGGAAAGCAAAAUCCCCAUUGAAGACAAUAGGAAAUUUACUCGAGUCCCAUUGGUCCAACUGGAUAAUAAAGACAUUUCAGAAAGCCAACUUAAAAUUCCUCUAGUGCCCCGAAUAUCCAUUUCUCCAGAAACACCUAUGUCCAAACCGAAAUUAAAAACAAUACUCAAGGGCAAGAUGGAUUCCUCGCUAGAAACUAUAGAGUUAAACUUUGAGGCAGAUGAGAAGUUGGUAAUGGACACCUGGCAGCAGGCUUCCUCAGCAAUAUCUACCAUGGUUGCUGCUGAAAUUCAUCAGAAACUCAUGGAGGAAGAAAAAGAAAUCCAGCAAGCAGAAACAAGAGAAAAAUCUAAUCAGGCAGGUGGAAAUAAAAAAGCAAAAAAGGAGCCAAAGAAACAAAAGACAGACAAAAAAGCUAAAGGCAAAUCACCACCUGUAACAGAAGCGUCUACUGUAGUUGUAACCCCAGAGGAAAUUGCCGAAGCAGAAAAGAAAAAUGAAGUGAGACUCAAAAUAAAGGAAGAACAUUUGGCCGCCCUGCAAUUUGAAGAAAUAGCCACGCAGUUUCGACUUGAACUGAUAAAGACGAAAGCAUUGGCUUUUCUUGAAGAUCUGGUAACAAAGGUGGUAGAUGUGUAUAAACUCCUGGAAAAGUGGCUUGGGCAGAGGUACUUGCGUGAAAUGGCCAGUGUUGAAAAAUUAACUGAGGUAGCUCGAUAUCACAUUGAAACAUCCACCAAAAUUCAAAAUGAACUUUAUUUAAACCAAGAAGACUUCUUCAUUAAUGGUGAUAUCAAAGUCUUUCCAGAUUCUCCACCACCGAUACGUCCUCCGCCUGUAGAAAAAGAAGAAAAUGGUACCCUGACCAUUGAACAACUGGAAAAUCUUCAAAGUCAGUUCUUAGAUAUGGCACCUAAAGGCAUCAUUGGAAGUAAAGCCUUUGCUGAUAUUCUGCUUGACUUGGUGACCCUGAACCUUGGAACAAACAACUUUCCUAGUAGCUGGAUGCACCUCACUCAACCUGAAUUACAGGAGCUAACAUCUUUAUUAGUAGUGAACUCAGAAUUCGUGAACUGGCGGAAAUUCCUGUUAGUCAUCUCCAUGCCUUGGCCCAUCCCCCUGGAAGAAGAGCUCCUUGAGACCCUGCAGAGGUUCAAGGAUGUGGAUGAGGAGCAGCUGGGCGUGGUCACUUUCGAGCAAUAUAGUCAGGCUGGUCUGUGGUUUACAGGAGAUGAAGAGAUAAAAAUUCCAGAAAAUCCUCUUGAACCACUGCCAUUCAACAGGCAGGAGCACCUUAUAGAGUUCUUCUUCCAGCUGUUCGCUGACUACGACAAUGAUCUGCCCCAGCUUGACUACACUCAGAUGCUGCUCUAUUUUGCUUGUCACCCAGAUGCUGAGGAAGGUGUUUACAGGGCCCUCAGCGUGUCUAUUGGAACUCAUGUCUUCCGGAGAAAUAAAAUCCCUGCUCUAAAUGAAGACAAGACCUUUUCCUUCACUGAUCUAAGUACAUUGGAGGAAUCCCCUGAACCUGAAGAAAAUGUGAGAGAGAAAAGGGAUUUGAAAGAAGAAAAGGAGGACAAGGAAGAAGACAUCCUUGAAAAUGAGAACACUGAAAACAUUUCCAUGGAAACACUACUCAAAGUAUUCCAAGGAGGAAUUGAAGCACAAGACUGUGACAGAUUUGCCAGCAAUCUAAACACAGAAAACAUUUAUUAUGAGAGCUUCGUAAAAAUAUUUCAUGAUCUAGGUGCCAAGAAUCUGGAACCAGUUGAAGUUUGUGUUCUCUUGAAACAUCCUUUUAUUCAAGAUCUGAUUUCAAAUUAUUCAGACUAUAAAUUUCCUGAUAUUAAAAUAAUUCUCCAAAGGAGUGAACACGUACAAGGAAGUGAUGGAGAAAGAUCACCUUCAAGACUCACAGAGGAAAAGAGAUAA